AUGACUGUGCUCAAGACAAUCAUCACCCUGCUCAGCCUGGGGGUGGCUGCAUCGUGCGCAUAUGGCAUGAGCAAAGUGGACCCCAAUCUUGUGGACAGCGGCCUCAGUGUAAUCGACUCCACACAGGGGUACAUGAACAGCGUGUUUGAUCAGGUGUAUGGCGUCUUGGGGGAUGUGAGCUCUGUGAAUGGCCUGCUGGACGAAGUGCAGACCAUUCUGAGGGUGGAUGUCAAUGUCACAGACAUCAGUGCAGGCAUCACGGUGCCUCCCACAUUCUUCACACUUGCAAUGCAUGCAAUGGGUGAUCAAUCUCAGGCGCUCUGCUUGCAUCAGUGCGUGGCGCGCUCAAUUGGGAGCCUGAAUCCAGCCACGGCUCUCUCCUACCUGGACUCUAUAAGGGAUGAGAUUGACAACAAGCUGCAGCCCAGCAUCUCAGCGCUGUCUUCUGAUGUCAGCACUCUGCUGGGGCAAGAAGUACCGGAGUUUCAGGGUUACAGUGGCACCAUAACCGCAUCCCCGUCAUUCCUUGCAAAUUACUCCACGCAGGUCGAUGAUUUCAUCACGGCUGUCAAUGACCUGCCUGCAUCAUUCCCUGCUGGGGGAAGCACCAACGCCAAUGUUUUAGCUCUAGGCUUGGCUCUGACGGCUUUGAGUCUCCCCUUGAACGGGGGUGCCACAUCCAAAUCAGGCCGCAUCGGAGGUCUCAGAACCGCUCUGACAGAUCUCUACUCAGUCAAAUCUGCAGAUCUGUCCACAAUGAGCGACAUCCAGUCCGGCAUAACAGCGCUCUCUGGGGUGGGCAGCAAUCUCAGCAUCACAUUGCCGGCUCUCAGCGCCACCCUCAUAGCUGCAUAUGACAACUACACAGCUGCCAGGCCCUGCAUGACUAGCCUGCUGACUCGCCUGCAGGACAUCAACAGCACUGUGGUUGUGCUGCCCGCAGACAUCAAUGAUGCCUACAGUCAGCUGCAGGAUGCGCAGCAGACACUGGACGGCGUGCUCGUCAAUGGCACAGAUGACCCGACUUUGCAAGCCACGCUGACCAGCGUGACCGAUAGCGUCAGCUCGGUACCUAAUAUAAGCAAUUACAUCACUGCUCUGACGCCAGCUGUCAAUGCCUACAAUGCUCUGCCGACAAGUAUCUUCACUGAUCUGGAGAACAGCCUGACGUCCAUAGACACCGACAUCUUGCAGGCCAUUAGCGGUGCAAGGGACACAGUGAACUCAAAUAUAGACAGCUUCACAAGCAAGGCCGAUGACCUGCACAACAAGACAGUGGACAAGAUCACCACCUACCGGUCAGACUACGAGCCACUAGUGCGGAAAUAUGACCGCUAUCGGCAGGCAGCGGAGUAUACCUACUUCGCACUGGCCAUCGCUGUCUGCCUGGGCAUCAUUUUUGCAGUGCUGACAAACUGCCAGUUCGCGGCCAGCUUCUUCACGCUCGUGCUGCUAAUCCUGACAGUGGUCUACAGCAUCAUCGCCGUCAUCUUCUUCUUGAUUGCCUCUAUUGGGAAUGACGGGUGCACAAAUGCAGAGCCCUACAUCAUUGGGCGCCUGCCGGACCUCAUGGGCAAUGAUCCAGCCACGCUGAACAAGUCCAUCGCGCUCGCGAAUUACUACUUCUACAACCAGGGCGGAGGGGUGAAGGAGAUAUUGAACAGCGUGGCUGGCGUGAACCUGGACGAUGUGUUUGCCACAGUCAACUCCACCCGAGACCAGGCCGUACAGGAGAUUACGGGAACAUAUACACUGCGGACCAAGAUGCUGUCGGUGGUGGAUGGCGUGUAUGGCAUCUCCAACAACAUCACCAAGCGGCUGACUGACUCUGAAAGCCUGGCCGCCUAUGAGACCAUCCACCCGCUCUACAUCAAGGCCAAAACCUUCAUGUGCUGCAGCGGCGUGAACAUGUUUGGGAACCUGUGGGUCAGCAUGUUUGCCUCGGGAUCAAUCUCCAUCAUUCUACUUAUCUUUCUCUUCAUCUACAUCAGCGCCCUCGACCAGCUGCCUCCCAGAGCGUGUUGCGGCUGCACCAUGCGCAGCCAUAAGGAGUUCCCUCCGCUGGACUACAAAUCCUCACAGAGGGGUGACGUAUCAGAGACAGAAGGUCUGGGGCGUGCGGCGCAUGUGGACGCCAGCGCGCCGCCGAUGCAGCAGGAAAUCGAGGGCAGCGGGCUGUCCAGGGGCAGCCUCCUUGCGCCCAACUCCCCCAAGAAGGUGAGCUACCCGGGGCCGACGCCUUCGUACACGCUGCGGGCAGCGGCGGCGCAGCAGAGCGCGGUUUCGCACUCGCAGGCGCUCAAGCAGGAGUACAUGCGCCACGCCCUCAUGAUGGACUCCGCCGGCCUCGAACGCUAG